UUCCCAAAAGAUGGCGGCAGCGCCUCCUGAUGAGGCUAGCUUGCAGUCUCGCAUCAACAAGGCCACCAACCCUUUGAAUAAGGAGACUGACUGGGACAGUAUCAAAGGAUUUUGUGAUCAGCUCAACAAUGAACCAGAAGGCCCCCAGCUUGCAACCAGACUUCUGGCCCACAAAAUCCAGUCUCCUCAGGAGUGGGAGGCUAUGCAAGCCCUUAUGGUUCUUGAGACAUGCAUGAAGAACUGUGGAAAGCGAUUUCACAGUGAAGUGGGAAAGUUUCGCUUUCUCAAUGAGCUCAUCAAAGUGGUCUCACCCAAGUAUUUGGGAUCACGGUCUCCAGAGCAGGUGAAGAGCAAGGUGUUAGAAAUGGUGCACAGCUGGACGGUUAGGCUCCCUGAUGAGACCAAGAUAGCAGAUGCUUAUCAGAUGCUGAAAAAACAGGGCAUUGUCAAGCUGGAUCCUGCACUUCCUGAUGACAAGCCCCUCCCACCCCCUCCGCCCAGAGUCAAAAGUGCCGUCUUUGAGGAUGAGGAGAAAUCCAAGAUGCUGUCUCGCUUAUUGAACAGCACUCACCCUGAGGAUCUACGAGCAGCAAACAAGCUCAUUAAGGAAAUGGUCCAGGAGGACCAAAAGCGUGUGGAGAAGGUAUCCAAGCGGGUGAACGCCAUCCAGGAGGUGAAGGAGAGUGUCAGCCUGCUGAGCCAGCUGCUGGAGGGCUACAGCCAGGAGAGCUGCUCCCAGAGCAACCAGGAGCUCAUUAAGGAUCUUUACCAGCGCUGUGAAAAGAUGAGGCCGACACUAUUCCGAUUAGCAAGUGAUACAGAGGAUAGUGAUGAAGCUUUAGCGGAUAUCUUACAGGCCAAUGACAGCCUGACACAGGUCAUCAACCUGUACAGGCAGCUGGUUAAGGGGGAGGAUGUGACAAAGGAUGGCAUAACCAUGCCCUCACAGGCAGGUAGCAGUAGCUCAGCACUUGUAGACCUGAUGGGACUUAAUGCAUCAGCCAACCCAGAGCCCUCCAGCCUACACGCCCUGACUCAGAACAUGGGCAUCAGCCUCUUGGACGAUGAACUCAUGUCACUGGGACUGAAUGUAACAGAAAACUGCGACUCUCAGAACACUUUUCAGUGCUCUGAUGGUGCAGAAUCAUCAGUCCCUGCUGCAGUGUUGCUACCAGCUGUGGUUCAAACACAGCAAGCUCCACCAGUAGCUGUGCCCACUGCCCCUCCUAAACCCAUGGAAGAGUUGGAAAUGUUGGGGAAGACAUUGUUACAGCAGUCCCUACCUCCAGAGAGCCAGCAGGUCAAAUGGGAUAAGCUCCAACCUCAAUCCAGAGUUACCUUACGAGAUCUGCAGAAGUCCAGCACAAACUUUAGACCUGCUCCUAACGCAACCGCCAAUUCCUCCGGUCCCGCUCUGGGGCUUGCAUCCAGCCCGGCCGUCCAUUCAGAGCAUCCCGACACUCUCUUACUCUCCAAUCUCAGUCUCACAGCUGCUGAGAAAGGCGUGUUUGCUGCUGCUGACCCCUAUGACAACAUCUCUCUAGCUGACCUUACCGUGCCUCUGGAAGCAAUCAAACCUAGCAGCUUAUUACCAGUGACUGCAUUCGACAAACACAGUCUCCGGGUUUUGUUCACCUUUGCCCGUGACUGUCCUCCAUCACGGCCUGACGUACUGGUGGUGAUCAUCUCCAUGCUGUCCUCUGCCCCCAUUCCUGUCACCAACAUCCGCUUUCAGGCAGCAGUACCAAAGGUGAUGAAAGUAAAGCUGCAGCCUCCCUCUAGCACUGAACUCCCAGCCUUCAAUCCCAUCCUGCCUCCAGCCGCCGUGACACAGAUCCUGCUUUUGGCUAACCCUCACAAGGAAAAAGUACGUUUGCGGUACAAGCUGACAUUCAGCCUGGGAGACCAAUCUCAUGAUGAAUCUGGUGAUGUGGAUGAGUUCCCGCCUCCAAACACCUGGGGGAACCUUUAGUGAGAAUGACCAACCUCCUGUCACCUGCUGCUUCUUUUUUUAGAUUUAGAUUCAGGUUGAAGUUGUCCAUCAUCGUUGGCUUGAGGCAAGACAGCCUCUUUACACUUCAGUAGUUUCAAACUACGGUUUGUUAAUACAAACUGACACAAGACCAGUUGUGGGAACCAGCUUCUACCUUGUGCCUUCCUUCGCAUCCAUCCUGUCCUUUAUCGAUCAUCUCGGUGUUCUUUGUUUUGUAGCUACUUUCACUUCUUACAACAAUCCAUCCAACGCAAACUGUUGAUUCAGUGCAAUGGCUUUUGGGGAAACAAGUUGAGCCUUUUUAAAAACCGAUUGUGUGCAUUUGUCUGAUUUACAUACUGUUUAACAAGCCUCUCGGAUGUCCCAUGUCAUGUGAAUGACAUGUGACAGCUGUUAGCAUGCAUUAUUUCUGUUUUUUUGCAAAAGCCCCAUGCUCAACCUAAAGCGAGUGGGGGACAUUUUUGUUACGCUGUCCAAAGAUAGGAUUGCAUCAGAGUAUUGUCUCAGUUUGUGCGUUCAGUGUUUAUUCUGAGUGUUCAGAGUAGGGAUGCAACAAAUCGUUAUUUUCUGUCAGUCCAAUAAUAAUGUUUUAUUUUUAUUUUUUUUUAAAGUAAUUUAAAUGCUUAAAGUGCUAUCUUAAAUGUGUUUACAGUAUGGCCAACAGCCGAUUCACCCUAUGGUAUGAAAUAGUUAGUGUAUUUACCUGAUAAAAAUAUAGCAGAACAGCAGUGGAUUUAAUAGUCAGAUGCCAUCAUGCUUAACUUUAGCAAACCACUUCACCCCAUUAUGAAAACUUUGUUGUUCAUUUGUCAAACACAGUGUUGCAUAGGGACAUGAAGAAACUAAAUGUAAUUGUAAACACUCUAAUCAUUGAAGUGGUUUUCCCUUUUGACCAAUGGAGACAGUUCAGAGUAUGACGAGCUGAAAUGCUGUAAUAGAAAAAGUAUCGGGAGAAACAAAUAGGUUUUUACAGGGAGCACACAUAACCAAUUGGUUCGUUUUUAAGAAUUGUCUUGGUUUUAAUAUUUGUGUCAUGCUUUGGAAAAUCAUAGUUGGCCUGUGUGUGGGGUUGUGUGUGCGUGUGUUGAAGCUUUGCGAGCAGGCCUUUUCCACAGCAGACUUGUCUUUGGAAAAUAACAUCAAUGAUUGCUCAUUUCUAUUCAAGAGUCCCAGUAAGCCAUGGCAGUGAACCAGCAUGAACACCACCAGGAGCCUGAAACUGAAUGAAUCAUUGACGUCAUUAUUUACCACUGUGCUUUUUCUACUGUGACAUGUCAAAAUGUCUGCUGUGGAAAGGGACUAUGAAGGAAGGGCACUAAAUCUCUGCCCCUGUUAAAAUGCUGAAAUUUAGCUUUUCAUUUUUGCACUUUUUCAAAGGAUUGGGACACUUUUUUGACAUGUUUCACUCAGGAUUUUGAUUUGAAGAUUUAUUUUACACAUGCACUUAUGUUUGUUUAAUUUUGCACAUGAAACCAUUCCCUAUUACAGUACAUUGUACUGUAAAAUAGAAAAGACGGGCAAAUGAGGAUUGUUUCACAUUUGCCGCCUUUCUGCUGUUGAUUGACCCAAAGAGGGACACAUGAAGUCCUGGCUUGACAUUGCUGACAUCCGGUUUGAUUCUACCACAUGUGCCUGAGAUGAAACGUUUGAUUUUCAUUUGCUUUGUACAUAUAUGUAUACAAAUGACUAGUUGGAUCAUUGUUUUUGUUUUCAUGUUUCAUGUCCUAAUCAGAAAAGACAAAUCACAAAUGUUGUUACAGAAUCAUCCUCGGUCAUUGUGCUGAUUGGAGCACGGGUCUAUGAUGACUUCACUGGGUCAUAAAAUAAAAAUGAGAUUGGAAGCUGGUUCCACCUGAGAAAUCAGAUUCUGAAAACAAGUGAAACGCCAAAUUUGUGUGUGACUCCCAAUAGGGGUAGAGUUUCAGUUUAUAAUAUCAUGAGGGAUCAAUUUAAGAAUUACCCACAGUAAUAUUGAUUCAGUUAUACACUUAAUUAAAAUCAAAGUGUUAAAUUUCAUAUGGUAGAUCAACCGCUCCAAGUUGUCAUUAUCAUUUUCCUGUGUACUUGAGUGUGUGGGUUGAUCUACCAUGCAUCACACAGUGCCAUUAAUCAUUCAGAUAGUUGGUUGAUAGUAACAGCCAUUUCAUUUCCAGAGAUCUGCAUUUACACAACUACAGUCUAGGACUAGAAGGAAGAAAGCAAUAAUGUGACAAGUAGCCUCAGUAACCAACUUCCAGUCCUUCAUGGCUCAAGCAGAUUGUAAAUAAUAAACAUUUGUGCUCCCA